AUCCUGCAAUCUUAAAAUCCAGAAUUCUUUUUCUCUUUAAAUAUCAUGACAAAACAAAUAUCAAAUCCAUUGUUGAUGAAAUUAACAAAGUUAAAUUUGGUUGAUUGAAUAACAUGGCUGAGACCAAAAGCACUAUGGUUAAGAUCAAGCCAAAUCCCCAAAAUGUUCCCUCUAAACCAAAGAUUACUGAUUCUAAUUCAUCUCUCAAUAAGAAGCUCAAUACCUCUUCAACCAAACAUCCACCUGAUUCUAAGAUGAAAUCUGUCACCACCAACACCACUGUCACUAAAUCUGAGGUUAAAUCAAAACCAACAACCACAAUGUCUGCUUCUUCGUCCAAAACAAUAUCGAAGACAAAGACAAAGACGAAGACGAAGACAACAACUACCAAAGUGAGAGAGAGGAAAGUCUACAGUUUGCCUGGUCAGAAACAUGAUCCUCCUGAAGAGAAAGAACCCCUGAGGAUAUUCUAUGAGUCAUUGUCAAAACAGAUACCAACAAGUGAAAUGGCUGAAUUUUGGUUGAUGGAACAUGGGUUGUUGUCCCCUCAAAAAGCUAAGAAAGCAUUUGAGAAGAAGCAGAGGAAGCAAAAGGAACUUCGAACAGGAACUCCCAUAAAGUCGUCAUCAAAGCCGCCGUCUAAAACAGGAACUUCACAGAAGCCGCAACCGAAAUCAAAUAAUGGCGACAUUAAAGCCAAGAGAAAAAUUGAUACAGACAGUCAUGACGAUGAUGAUGACGACGACGACGACUUCAUUUUAAGUCAUAAAAGAAGAAAAGGGUGAGAAGAAAAGCCUCGUAAAUUUUAUUUAAUAAUGGUUAAAAAAGGGAGAAAAUAAAAGAAUUGUUGUAAGGUAACUUAAAUUGUAAGAUUAAAAUAUUCUUCAUGUGUUAAACUUACUGAUACAACAAGGAACAUGCAUUGUAUGUGUCUUUUGCAAGCAACAAAUAAAAAUGGAUAAUGCUUUCACUUCAUUA